UCUCUCUCUGUAUAUAUAUACAUAUCUGUGAAUAUAUAUACACAUAGUUGUUUUUUAGUCGUCUGUGGUUUUGCAAUGGCGCCGACCUUCAGAGACAUCCAGCUGACGGGGGCUGGGGGCCGUGAUUCGUUGGCGAUCGAUGUUGGCGGUGAUCUCGAGGAUGUUAGACUGCUGGAUUCUUAUGAAGAUGAGUAUGAUAAUAAUGAUGAUUCAGGUAAAAAAAGUAAAGAGGGUUUAGAGGAAGGGGGUAUGAAGAGAAUUCAGGUGAGAGUUACCGGGAUGACAUGUGCAGCGUGUUCGAGUUCUGUUGAAGGAGCUCUUAUGAGCUUAAAUGGCGUCGUAAGUGCUUCUGUUGCUUUGUUGCAGCAUAAAGCCGAUGUAGUCUUCGAUCCCAAUUUGGUCAAGGAAGAAGAUGUCAAGAAUGCAAUAGAAGAUGCAGGGUUCGAUGCAGAGAUUCUACAAGAACAGAGCACUGCUCGCACAAAGCCACAAGGAACUCUAGUAGGGCAGUUCACAAUUGGCGGCAUGACAUGUGCAGCGUGUGUUAAUUCCGUUGAAGGUAUCUUAAGAAAGCUUCCCGGUGUCAAAAGAGCCAUUGUUGCUCUUUCAACUUCAUUAGGGGAAGUGGAAUACGAUUCUUCCAUAAUAAGCAAGGAGGAAAUCGUCAACGCAAUUGAAGAUGCCGGUUUUGAUGCCUCAUUUGUACAGAGCAGUGAGCAGGACAAAAUUAUUUUAGGAGUUAUUGGGAUAGCAAGCGAGCUGGAUGUGCAGGCAUUAGAAAGUAUUCUUUGCAACUUGAAAGGAGUUAAACAAUUCGGUUUCAACAGGAUAUCGAGAGAAUUAGAUGUUCUUUUUGAUACCGAGAUUCUGGGUCCUAGAUCUUUAGUUGAUGCGCUUGUUAGAGAAAGCUCUGGGAGGUUUCAGAUUCAUGUAAAGAACCCAUAUACAAGAAUGGUAUCCCAAGAUCAGGAAGAAUCAGCAAAUAUGUAUCGACUCUUUACAUCCAGUCUGUUUCUCAGUCUUCCUAUCUUUCUCAUGCGAUUCAUAUGUCCACAUAUACCUCUUCUUUACGCCUUAUUGCUUUGGCGAUGUGGACCAUUCCAAAUGGGCGAUUGGUUGAACUGGAUAUUGGUUUCUCUUGUUCAGUUUGUUAUUGGGAAGCGUUUUUAUAUUGCAGCUUUCAGAGCGUUACGUAAUGGUUCAACAAACAUGGAUGUCUUGGUGGCACUGGGAACCACAGCCUCCUACGUUUAUUCCGUUUAUGCUCUUCUUUACGGUGCAAUCACCGGGUUUUGGUCCCCAACGUACUUUGAAACCAGUGCCAUGUUAAUAACUUUUGUGUUGCUCGGAAAGUACUUGGAAAUUCUUGCAAAAGGGAAAACAUCAGAUGCUAUAAAGAAGCUGGUAGAACUUGUGCCUGCAACAGCUUUGCUACUUGUUAAAGACAAAGAUGGAAAGAAUGUCGGAGAACGGGAAAUAGAUGCUUUACUGAUUCAGCCUGGGGAUGUAUUAAAAGUUCUUCCGGGUACAAAGGUUCCUGUUGAUGGUCAUGUUGUCUGGGGUUCAAGUUAUGUAAACGAAAGUAUGGUUACAGGUGAAUCCGCACCUGUUUUGAAGGAAGCUGAUUCCUUGGUGAUUGGAGGUACAAUAAAUUUUCACGGUUUACUUCAUGUUCGGGCUACCAAAAUUGGUUCCGACACAGUUUUGAGCCAAAUAAUUUCUCUGGUUGAGACCGCACAAAUGUCAAAAGCACCUAUUCAGAAAUUCGCUGAUUAUGUUGCAAGCAUUUUUGUGCCUACGGUUGUGGCUUUGUCGUUUGUGACGUUACUAGGGUGGUAUAUUAGCGGAACCCUUGGAGCUUACCCAGACGACUGGCUGCCUGAAAAUGGAAACCACUUUGUUUUCGCUCUUAUGUUUUCAAUAUCGGUUGUUGUAAUUGCUUGUCCAUGCGCGCUUGGUUUGGCUACCCCAACCGCAGUCAUGGUUGCAACCGGAGUUGGAGCCAAUAAUGGUGUUCUAAUCAAAGGAGGAGACGCAUUAGAGCGGGCCCAGAAGGUUAAGUAUGUGAUUUUUGAUAAAACGGGAACUUUAACUCAGGGUAAAGCCACGGUGACUACCGUCAAAGUAUUCACAGAAAUGGAUCGUGGAGAUUUCCUCAGAUUGCUAGCUUCUGCCGAGGCAAGUAGUGAACAUCCGCUAGCGAAGGCAAUACUGGAAUAUGCUCGCCACUUUAAUUUCUUUGAGAACCCGACUGCAACCGAUGAAUCUCAAAGUCAUAGCAAUGAGUCGGCUAUGUCUGGAUGGCUUCUUGAGGCAACGGAUUUCUCUGCCAUUCCCGGAAGAGGCGUUCAGUGUGAUAUCGACGGCAAGCAGGUUUUGGUUGGUAAUAGAAGUUUGCUAGCGGAAAAAGGGAUCGCCAUUCCAACCAACAUUGAAAAUUUUGUGGUUGAUCUAGAAGAAAACGCAAAGACCGGUAUACUGGUGGCAUAUGAUUCCGUACUGAUUGGUGUGGUGGGAGUGGCGGAUCCGUUGAAGAGAGAGGCGGCAGUGGUGGUGGAAGGCCUUAAGAAAAUGGGUGUUCGACCGAUCAUGGUUACUGGAGAUAAUUGGCGGACCGCCAGAGCUGUCGCAAAGGAGGUGGACAUUCAAGACAUACGGGCGGAAGUGAUGCCGGCUGGAAAAGCAGAUGUUAUCCGUUCAUUUCAAAAAGACGGUAGCAUAGUUGCGAUGGUCGGAGAUGGCAUCAACGACUCCCCUGCCUUGGCGGCGGCCGAUGUCGGCAUAGCAAUCGGAGCAGGAACCGACAUCGCGAUAGAGGCAGCAGAUUACGUUCUGAUGAAAAACAACUUGGAAGAUGUGAUCACAGCCAUUGAUCUCUCGAGAAAGACGUUUACACGUAUCCGACUAAAUUACGUGUUUGCCAUGGCGUACAACGUGAUAUCGAUUCCGAUUGCGGCCGGGGUUUUCUUUCCGUGGUUAAAGAUCAAGUUGCCACCGUGGGUCGCGGGUGCGUGCAUGGCUCUUUCGUCUGUAAGUGUUGUAUGCUCGUCUUUGCUUCUACGUAGAUAUAAAAAACCGAGACUUACUACGAUACUGGAAAUAACCGUAGAGUAGGCAAGUGUAAAAUUACGAAAUGGGGAUUGGGUAUUACAUUGUGAAGAAGGAAACAGAGGGGUAAACGCGUCCCAAUUUUUUGUGUUCUGAUGUAGAUUUAUUCAUUGCUUUAGUUGAUCAUGUAUAAUCCUUCGUCAAUGUAAAUGCAGCUUGGUGGUAAUUACAUAUUAACACAUGUUUAUAUUGU